AGCCGCAUUGCGAUCGACAUUGAUAUCUGCGCAAUGCGACAGAAAAGGAAUGAUUAAUAAACAAAUGUGAUCAUAUUGAAUUCAGUCUUAAUUUGUGUUUCUUUGCAAUCACUUGUGGAUUUUAUUACAUACUGCGAAGAAAAUGACCGAAACGUUAACAGACGAACAAGUCUCUGAGUUCAAGGAGGCGUUCACGCUGUUCGACAAGGACGCGGACGGUACGAUAACCACGCGGGAGCUGGGUACGGUGAUGCGCUCCCUGGGACAGAACCCGACCGAGACAGAGCUGCAGGCCAUGAUCAACGAGGUGGACGCUGACGGAAACGGAACUAUCGAUUUCCCGGAGUUCCUUACAAUGAUGGCCAAGAAAAUGAAGGACUGUGACAGCGAAGAGGAAAUCAGAGAGGCAUUUCGAGUGUUCGACAAAGAUGGCAACGGUCAGAUCAGCGCCUCGGAGCUGCGUCACGUGAUGACGAAAAUAGGUGAAAAGCUGACAGACGAAGAAGUGGACGAGAUGAUCAAGGAGGCUGAUGUAGAUGGUGACGGCCAGGUCAACUAUGAAGAAUUCGUACAGAUGAUGACGAGUGGACGGUUGAAGUGAGAAAGAUGGACUAUAGCUACAACAAAGUCUCCACGAUUUAAAGGGAAUUGUUUACAGAUUUUAGCAUUUUUAGAUGUGUGUCAUUAAAUGAUUUAAAUUUAUAAAUGUAAACGUCGGAGCUCAAACACUCCAGUGUAAAACAGGAAUAAAAAAACAAGAAGAUAAAAAGUAA